AUGAAGUACGUCGUGGUCUCUGGUGGUGUCAUUAGCGGCAUCGGGAAGGGCGUAAUUGCCUCAAGUACCGGUUUGCUGCUCAAGACUCAGGGUGCCCGAGUCACUUGCAUCAAGAUCGACCCUUACAUGAACGUCGAUGCGGGAACUAUGGCCCCCACUGAGCACGGAGAGGUGUUCGUUUUGAACGAUGGUGGUGAGGCAGAUCUCGACCUCGGAAACUACGAGCGUUACCUCGGCGUUACCCUUGGACGGGACAACAACAUCACGACUGGAAAGGUCUACAAGCAUGUGAUCGAGAAGGAGCGCCGCGGCGACUACCUCGGACGCACAGUGCAGAUUGUCCCUCACUUGACCGAUGCAAUUCAAGAUUGGAUCGAGCGGGUGGCUAGAACCCCCGCAGACGACACCAAUGAGGAACCGGAUGUUUGUGUUAUCGAGCUCGGUGGUACUCUCGGUGACAUUGAGAGUGCUCCUUUCGUCGAGGCCCUCCGUCAGCUUCGCCGUCGUGCUGGCAAAGACAACUUUGUCCAGAUUCACGUUUCCCUUGUGCCGGUCAUUCACGAUGAACUGAAGACCAAGCCCACUCAGCAGGCUAUUCGGGAUGCUCGCUCAGCUGGAAUGAGCCCUGAUCUCAUUGCUUGCCGUUGCGAGAAGCCCCUCGACAAGGCCACCACUGAUAAGAUUGCCAUGUUCUGCCAGGUCGAGCCUGAGCAAGUCAUUGGCGUGCACAACGUCAGCUCUACUUACCAUGUUCCUCUCCUGCUUGAGCAGCAAGGAUUCCUUGGUGUUCUGGGAGAUCUUCUCGCCAUGAAAAAGCUCGAGAUCUCCCAGGCUCAGUUGAACAAGGGUCAGACCACUUGGAAAUCGUGGAAGACUCUUACCACUGCCCAGGAGCACACCUUUGAGACUGUCAACAUCGCUCUUGUUGGCAAGUACGUCAGCCUGCACGACUCCUACUUGUCCGUCAUCAAGUCUUUGGAGCACGCAUGCAUGGCUUCCCGCCGCAAGCUCAACAUCAUCUGGGUUGAUGCCUCUCACCUCGAGUCCGAGUGGGAGGACGCCAACUCCAAGGAGUACCACAAGGCCUGGUAUGAUGUUCACACUGCCCACGGUAUCCUGGUCCCCGGAGGCUUCGGUACCCGUGGCACCGUGGGAAUGAUGCGGGCCGCUCACCACGCCCGUACUAAGAACAAGCCUUACCUUGGUAUCUGCCUGGGUAUGCAAAUCGCUGUCAUCGAGUACGCUCGCAACGUUCUCGGACUCGAGGGCGCCAACUCUAUCGAGCUUGACGAGCGUACCAACCACCCCAUCGUGGUGUACAUGCCCGAGAUUGACCGUGCCAACCUCGGUGGUACCAUGCGUCUGGGAUCCCGCCCAACUCUCUUCCAAGAGAACUCCGAGUGGUCUAAGCUCCGCUCUCUCUACGGUCUCGAGCGCACAUCCGUCGAUGAGCGUCACCGUCACCGCUACGAGGUCAACCCUGAAUAUAUUGAAAAGCUGCAGGAGGCUGGUCUCCACUUCAUUGGUAAGGAUGACCAGGGUGAGCGUAUGGAGAUCGUUGAACUGAAGGACCACCCUUGGUUCGUGGGUGUGCAAUUCCACCCCGAGUACAUCUCCCGCGUUCUGUCGCCCAGCAAGCCCUUCCUUGGUUUCGUCUCCGCCGCGGCCGGUGUCUUCAACCAGGUCAAGGAUCUCUCCCAGGCGAAGGAACAGGAGUUGGCUAACGGUGUUAGCAACAUUGUUGUCUAA